AUAACAUGUCAUCUCAUAAAAGACUUUCACUUAUUUCAAACCAUUUAAGAUCACAACAAAUAUCAACUAAAAGUGCUACGAAAAAUUUAUACAGGAAUAGACAAGAUUAUAAAUAUUUUUUACCAAUUCAAACAAGAUGGUCAGAUGCAGAUUGCUAUAAUCAUAUUAACAAUGCUAUCUAUUAUCAUUAUUUUGAUACAGUCAUUAAUGAAUACCUGAUUAAACAUUGUGGACUACAACCAGGCAAUAUAAGUAAUAAACCGAUCGGACUUGUCGUUGCAAGUCAGGCCAAUUUUUAUGCCUCUGCAUCUUACCCCAGUAUCAUUGAUGCAGGGCUUUCAAUAGCUAAAAUUGGUAACUCUAGCGUUACUUAUCGUGUGGGCAUAUUCGAGAAAGAUAGUCCAUUAGCUUGUGUUGUAGGUGGAUUUACUCAUGUUUUUGUAGAUUCUGUACAUAGGAAACCAGUACAAAGUUUACCAGAGGAGUUUUUAGAAGGCUUUAAAAAGAUAAUUGAUACUGAAUAAAAAAAAAAUUUAUUAAAAAGGUAUAUGGGGG